AUGGAUAGCAGAGAAGUGGUUAUGAGGCAUCAGCAACUCCAAGGAACCUUGCAUGAAAGAUUAAAGAGGCUAUGUAAGAAUGGCAAGUUUCAAAUCAAGCAGGUGUACUUGAAGCUGAUCCCAGAAUAUUGCAAAGUGGAAUGGAAGGGCUUAAUGUUGCAUACCAGUGUACAUCCGAGGUACAGAUUCAUUUUGUGGCUUGCAGUGCAUAAGAGGCUGGCCACAGUGGAUACAUUGCUGAAAAUUGGUAUUACUGUGCCAACAGACUGUAUUUUCUGUAAGCAUAGUAUAGAGACAUUCAACCAUCUAUUUUUUGAGUGUCCAAUAACAAAAAGGUUGUGGACUAAACUGUGCUCAUGGCUGGGGCAUAAAAGAAAUAUAGGAGACUGGGAAUGUGAAUUGGAAUGGAUCAGCAAAAAGGCAAAAGGCAGGGCAAGUAUCAAUAGCAUCACAUGCUGUGUUUUUGCCAUGACAGUUGCAAUGAUAUGGAGAGAGAGGAACAGAGGCAGAUUUGAGGAUGGCAAAUAUGAUGAAUAUCAAAUCUGCAAGGAAAUAGUUCUGCAUAUUCAUGUUCGAGGGCAGCAUAACAGAAAAUGCAGAGAAUUGCUGCAGAAACUGGAUUGGAUUCCCUGA